AUGCAGUUAGAAUUUGUAGCCGGACCCCUGCAGAGGGAUCAUUACUUCACCCCCGUCACUGGCCUCAGCUUCUUCGACGCCAGGAAUGGUGAGACGUAUCUCCUGGCCGGCGAGGACACGGAGCUGAAGGUAUACGACGGUGAGGGCCGGCUGCGCUGCCAGCUCAAGAUCUUUCGCGCCCAAUCCAUCCACGGCAUCCACGUCGCGGCGGCGGGCGGAGGAAAGGACGGGCAAGGGCAAGGUCGGCGGCAUGUGCUGCUCUGGGGGAACCAAGCCGUGACUGUUGUCCCUGCCGGCGUCAUCGAAGAGCUCAUUCUCGGAGACGAAGGCGAUGCACCACCACCAAUAGAGAUCACUGAGGCCAAGGCUCCGGACUGGAUCUACGACGGCGUCAUCUCGCCCGAGGACCCCGACCGCGGCGUGCUGAUCACGGCGCACAACGAGGUCCUCGAGUUCUGCAUCGGGAACGACGACGACAGGACGAUCUCGUUCGGCCGCCUCGUGUCGCCGUCCCGGCCGAUCUUGUACUCGGCGAACUUGACUUGGAUAUCUGGGACCUCCGUGCUCGUGGCUGGCGGCACCGCCUUUGGAGAGAUUAUUGUCUGGAAAUGUCACUUCUCCGAUGAUGACGGCGGCGCGGUUGAUGAAGAUGCGGGAAAGUCUUGGUGCGAGGUUCUCUUCGUCUUCACGGGUCACGAAGGCUCCAUCUUCGGAGUGGACAUUUCGCAAGAGAUCGACCUCGGCGAAGGGUGUACGGUGAGGCUGCUCGCUAGCUGUAGUGAUGACAGGACGAUCCGCAUCUGGGACAUCACCGAGAAACCUGGGUCGCCGCGUCUUCAGUAUGACGCCUUUGGCGAAGCAAGGGAAACGGGAUUCGGAGGUGCUGCUGCUACGGCAGCCGCCGCCGCCACAGACCUUACGGCGACGCAGGUCACGUCCAAUGCGCCCCUGGCCAUGAUCAUGGGCCACAUUUCACGCAUUUGGCACGUCAGGUUCUCGCGCGGGGCGCUCGACGAGCUGGCACGGGGCCAUCCCGCGACCGUGUAUUCCUUUGGCGAGGACUCGACGCUGCAGGCUUGGUCUCUCAAGGUUGACGUCGAGCAGUGGCGGCGGAGGUCAAAGUCGGUCGUGGUCGAGGGUGACGAGUCGCCCGUCACUGCAAAGAUCACGUACAAGGAGACAUAUGCCCGCCACGACGGCAAGCACAUCUGGGCCACUGCCGUCACGGGAAAGGCCGACGGGCAGGUACUGGUCGCCACGGGCGGCGCGGACAGCAAGAUUAACCUCUUCUCGGACCGUUCGCGCGCGGCCACCGGCGGUGACGGUGCCGUGUCCAAGGCACAGGAACUGCCGAGCGAACUGCAGACUCUAGUGAUGCGGGACGUGGUCAGCCAGCUGCCGCGGAACCCCGACUUCGCGAUCCCUUUGGAGACCAAGGAGGCAUUCCAGCGUUUCGCGUUCGUCUACGAGGACACCAUCGUUGCGACGAGCACCACCGGCCGUCUCCUAGUCGGCUCCUUUGGACCGGAACUCACGUGGACCCAUAUCGGGACCGACGGGGAGAUGAUGCGCGCACUCAACGCCUGCACGAGCUUGAAGAGCCCGGCACCGGGUCUCGCCCUGAUAGGCACAGCGAAUAAGAAGAUCCUACUCUACCGCGACUCGACCAUCCAGCAGGUCGGCACGGUGCCAGGUAAAGUAGCAGACAUAUUCCCCCUGAGCAGUCCUUCAGCAGAAGCAGAGGCAUCGGAGAAAAAGCUGGAGUUUCUCGUCACCAUGCUGGGGAGCGGGGACGCCAUGCAUAUCCUGACGCUUGACCUCAAUACCUCGGCCGUCACCUCCAUGGUCCCCGUCCCCGAGCUCGACAGCAGAUUCGUCGUCACCGCCGCCUGCCAGAUCAACGACCUCAUCGUCCUUGGCUCACGCCACGGCUACAUGUCCGUCUUCCGCCGUGCGCAAGGCCAGCUCAUCCCGUUCCCGGCACCGGACCGCCGCUCCGGCGACGCCAUUACCUCCAUCAGCAUCUUUCCCACCCAGUCAUCAUCUCCUUCUUCUACGGUGUCUCACAUCAUCACGACGAGCCGCGACGGAAACUACCGCAUCUACGAGCUCUCCCCGUCCGCAAUCCACCUACGCCAUGAGACUGCACCCGCAGCGGUGCCCAACCUCGAAGACGCGUGGCUCUCCGGCGCCGGUGCCGCCGCCGACCUGAUCCUCUGCGGCUUCCGCAGCAAGAACUUUAUCGUAUGGAACGAAGCCCGGCACGAGGAGAUCCUCCGCGUCGACUGCGGCGGCGCGCACCGCGCCUUUGCCUACACCCGGCGAAGCCACGACGACCUUGACAGCGGCAAAGACCACGGCAUGCGCUUUAUCUUCAACAAGGCCGCUACCUUGGGGGUAUACACCCAGUACAACCCCUCCGUCGCCGCCACCUACCAUCGAACACUCAAACGCGGGUCCCACGGCCGCGAGGUCCGCGCCAUUGCAUACUCUGGGCGACGCUACAUCGCCACCGGCGCCGAGGACACAGCGAUCCGCAUCUGGGAGUACACCACUGCCACCGCCGAUCACCCUACAGAGCCCUCCUCCAAAAAGAGACGGGAGCUACGCUGCGUCAAGGUUGUCAAGGUCCACACCGCAGGGCUGCAGGCUCUGAAGUGGCUGGGCGAGCAGCUUCUCUUCAGCUGCAGCGGCAACGAGGAAUUCAUGGUCUGGCGGGCGUGCGAUCUCGGUGAUAGGGGGUUGGGUUUGAUGCGCGAGGCCAUCUUCACGGAUAAGAGCGAAGACGGGGACCUCAGAAUCACGAGUUUCGACGUCGAGGCGUUGGAGCAGGAGGAGGCAAGCACUGGCAUCAGCAGCGUUGCCGUCACCAUGGCCUUCUCCAACUCUUUCGUCAAGACGUACCGGUACACCCCCGGUCAAGGCUUCGAGCUGCUGUUCAAGGGGCAGUACACCGGCGCCUGCCUGACGCAGGCCCGUCAUCUUCGGGUCCGGGAUGGCGUGUUCGACGUCAUCACGGCCGCAACGGACGGGUGUCUCGCGGUCUGGCGGUCCGAGGGCUCCGAGUACGUCCUGCGGCACACCGAGCGGAUCCACCAGAGCAGUAUCAAGGCUCUCGACGUACAUUCCACGUCGGACGAGGACAGGGUUGUGGUCCUCACCGGCGGCGACGACAACGCGUUGGGUAUCGUCACCCUCGUUUCACGCAGCAGCGGGGACGACGACGACAGAACUUUCGAGCCCGUGACGAGAGCCGGGGUCAGGAAAGCGCAUGCGGCGGCCAUCAACGGCCUCACGGUCCUCGGGGCGGCGGGACUUGGCGGGGUAGACUUUGCGACAGUCAGCAACGACCAGCGGGUCAAGAUGUGGCGGCUUGGGUGGCGCGAGGGUGUGGAGGAGGUCACGUUGCUGGCGGACGAGUACAGCGGCGUUGCGGACGCCGGCGAUAUUGAGAUUAUCGGGGAUGGCAAGGUCGCUGUCGGCGGCGUUGGGUUGGAGGUUUGGGAUUGGAGGGACAAGAGUCUGAACUAA